AUGUCGGCCGAUUUGUUUGCCGUGUUCAAUGACGCCGCGGAUUCCGCUGCGCCCAAGCAGCAAACGCAACAAUCGCAGCAAUCGCAACAGUUGGGAACCGAACAAGGGCGACAAACCCAACAUAGCCAAUGGCCGCCCCUUCAGCAACCAACUUUUAGCUCCUUUCAGUCGCCGCCGCCCAUUACUCAACCUCAGACAUGGCUCACUUCAUCAACCGGGGGGUUCGGCGGUCUGCAGAACCAAACAAGUUCCUUUUCAACAUCCCAGAACCCACCCGCUGCGCAGGCACAGGGGAACGACGACGACGACGAUGGCUGGGGAGAUUUUGAGGUCGCCCCGAGCAAUGGGCCCCCACAACAACCUUCCACCACUUCCAAUGCCUCUACCUUAUCCAGGGCGCCCAUCGUGAGGAUGCCAACCGUCGAGAUAGUGACCAACAACUUUCUGGACCUGGAUCUGGGGUCAUCUUCCCAGGGACCACCACAGCAACAGCAGCAGCAGCAGACGUCGAAGGAAAGAGGUGCUAGUGUGGAGUCGCUGCGGAAACAGGUGCACAACCCAGACCCGAACGUGCUGUUCGAUGCGGAUUUCGAGGCGGAAAAUGAUCUCGAUGAGGACGAUGACUUUGGCGAGUUUGAGACGGACACGCCAGUCGCUAUGAACCCACCAGCCGCCCCGCCGAAAUCUGCCCUCGACCUGCUCUCUCUCGACUCGGAUUUCACACCAGCCCCAACGCCAACUCAGAUACAUCCUUCUGGUAUUAGUUUGUCGAAUGCAGCUUUACCAGCAGGCUCAAAGGCUUACUCGGAAGCCCCCAGGCCCCCAUUUGGCUCUCUUACGGCUCAGAAGCCAGAGCUCCCAAAAACGUUCCACGUGCAACCUCUGGAAGCGAUGAAGACGGCCCCGGGUACCGUCCAGACGCCGGCGCCACCACCGCCGGAGACCAAAACUGACAGCUUUGGCGAUGAUUGGGCAACGUUCGACGAUUUUUCAGAUACCAAACCCGUGGAAACAGCACCCAAAAUAAACAAGAUAAAAAACCCUAAACAUACCUCCAAGCCAAUAUCAAAGAAACCAAGCACAACCACCGUUCCCGAAUGGGAAUGGCAAGACUGGUCCACCACCGACGACCAGCCCACAACCAAGAACCCCCCUCCCUCCGCCAAACCACCCCCUUCACUCGAACCCACACUCCCCCCAUCCCCCGACAACGACAGCGACAAUGACAAUGACACCAACACCAACCCCGGCCCCCCACCAACCAACAUCCCCCCACCCGCCAUCCUCCUCUCCCUCUUCCCCACCCUCCUCGACCUAGCCUCCACCACCCUCCUUAAACCCCUCCUCACCCUCCCCGCCUCCUCCCCCGCCUACCAGCGCGUCCUCGCUGCCCCAGCCACCCUCACCUUCCUGCGCGGCUACCUCGCCCUAGCCACCGUCGCAGCCCGUCUCAUUGCCGGUCGGAGACAGCGCUGGCUGCGGGACAAGUUUCUCGCGCAGGGCAUGUCGAUCGCGGCGGUUCCGAGUGCGGGGGGCGGUCAAAGAGGGAUGAAGUUGGCGAGCGUGGAUAAAGCGCAUGCGGCGCAUGAUGAACGGGAGGCUGCGGAGGUGGCGGGGGUGUGGAAGAAGCAGGUCGGUCGGUUGAGGACUGUUGUAGCGGGCGUGAAUGCCGCGAAUACUAAUACUACGACUUCAUCUUCUGGGCCUAACCUGCGUGUUCCCGACGUAGCGGUGGGUCUGGCGGUGAGUACAGCGAAGAAUGUGCCUACGGCGCCUAAGGCGUGUGUGGUGUGUGGCUUGAAGCGGGAUGAGCGGGUGGCCAAGGUGGAUUUUGAUGUGGAGGAUAGUUUUGGGGAGUGGUGGGUUGAGUUUUGGGGGCAUCGGGCGUGUCGGAAUUUUUGGCUGAGGCAUGAGCGGGAGUUGAGGCAACGGUGA